AUGUACCUGCUGGGCGCGUACCUGCCGGACCACAAGCUGGUGCGCAUUGCGCUCACGACCUUUUACGGCAUCUCGUAUGAUACCGCGGCGCGGAUUUGCGCGCGGAUUGGUGUGCACGAGCGCGCGACGGUCACGUCGCUGACUGAGGCGCAGAUCACCGACUUGUCGGCCUACCUCUCUUCGCCCGGCCUGAUUCCCGCGCGUGGCCCCUCGCCGACGCGCGCGGCGGUCGCAGGGAAGGAGGCAAAAGCGCCCGAGGUGGCGACGCCCCCUCCGUCGCAGCGUGCACAGGCGUCGAGCGACCCGCUGCGCUCGAUCAUGAUCGAAGGCGACCUUCGCCGUGAGAUGCUGGGAAAUAUCGCGCACCACCGCGCCAUUGGCACGUACAAGGGCCGGCGGCAUGCGAACGGCUAUCCCGUGCGCGGCCAGCGCACGCAGCGGAACGGCCUCACGGCCCGCCGCCUAAACCGCCUCGAGCGCCGGCAGCUGUCGACGGCCGCGGGCGGUGCGGCUGUGCCGUCGCUCACCGAGCUCCUUGCGCCGCUGGCGCGCCUGCGUUUUGUAGCAUGA